CAUUAUAAUUCUUAUUGUUAUUCUAUUGUUAUUUUUUUGUUUUUAUAAUUUGUAUGAAAUUAGAAUAAUUGUUUGUGGUUGAACAUUAUUUUUCUGGUCAUUUAAGUGCAUUUUGAUUUUUAUGAGUAAUAAAGAUUGAAGUUGUUUGUGAAUUUUUAAUUAUAAAUUAUGGAUAAUUUAUUGUGAAAUUAUAAAAUUUUAAAUUUUAUUAAUUUAAAAAUUAUUGAUUUUAAAUAUUUAAAAUUAUAUAUUAAAUUUUUAAUAAUUUUAUUUUAUAUUUAAUUACACCGAUUGAAUCCCGGUUGAACCUUUGUACCAUGAAUCAGUCAUUCCACUGGUUUAGUAACCGGUUCGGUUCUCGCAACUUUGGUUUGGACGUUGUUCAUAGUUUUGUGAAUUUUAAAAUUUAAUUUUGCAUACUAGAUUUUAAAGGUUUCCAAACAUAACUACAUAAGAAUUCCUCUGAGAAAUGAAUCCUAUUCAGUUCUAUUCAAUAUUCCAUAAAAGAGAAACAAAGAAAGAAAACAAAAGUGGAGAUUAAGUAAAUUAAUGAAGAAUAGAGGUGUAUUUCUCUUGCAGGGAUCAACCACUGUCUUGUAACGUAGGAUUAUUAUUAUUUGCUUCAAUUUUCGUAACCCACCAAUUUUCUUAUUUGCUUGCUCGUAUUCUCUCUUUUUCUCCUCCCUUUCAAGCUCUAUGCCACCUCAUCAAUAAUAAAACCAUUCAAUAGAUCAGAUCUUUUCUUGAGUCGAUUUACUCAAUUGUUACUUGUACGAUUUACAUCUUGCUAUGUUUUUGUUACAGUUGGCGUAAGAAAAGGUGAAGAAUAGUGAAUUCUAACGUGUGAAGAUGUCCGCGCUAUUCAAUUUCCAUUCGUUCCUUACUGUGAUACUACUUGGAAUAUGUGCCUGCACUUACUUCAAGAUGCAGUUUCCAGCAGUCCUUGAACAAAGAACUGGAUUUCGUGGGUUCUUUUGGAAGGCGGCAAGAAUAGAAAGAAGGGUAGGGAAGAAGCCAUAUCUGCAUUUGGUUUACCAUGGAUUUUUAUCAUUUUACUUUUCCCUUUGGUUCUGUAAAUUUUUUUUCUUUUUUUCUUUUGCUUUGCUCCAUGUGCUUGAUGCUCUAAAGAUUUCUCCAUUUGUCAAUUUAUCAUGUACUGCAAUAUUUUAAACAAGAAGGAUAUGGACUCUUAGUGAGUGUUUAUGACUUACCUUUCUUGGUUGAAAAUCUAGGGAUAUAAUAAUUCAUUAUGAUUUUAUGAUGGAUGCCAAUAGAGAAGGUUUGGAUUUUAGUUGUAAUCUCAUUUUAAUUCUGUGCCAAUAUUCAUCUUUUACAACCUCAACCACUUCUAUAGAUAUUUAUGUAUCUUUUCUAUGAAUCCUAGUUAUUUUGGAGCAUUCCUCCUUCAAAAUGCAUUUUAAUGUCCUGUGAUCUUCACAAGGCUAAAUUAUGGUAGAAUCCUUGAGUCCUAGCUUUACCAUUGUGGGGAUGUAUUGAGGAAUAUAUUUUUAUGUUAGAUAUUUAUUUUGCCCAGAAAACUCUAAAAUGAAAUGCUACAAAGUAAGUGAGCAUAAAAAUAUAUUUGAUUGGAUGAUAAUCAGUGAUUUUAUCUUCUUGAGUUGUUGCUA